AUGACCACACAUGAGGUGACUGUUGUCCAUCAGCUCCUCAGCAGACACCAGCCGCAGAUGCUUUUUCUCGCCCGUCACAGCCGCAUCGUUGACUGGCGGAAGCUCUUGACCUCAGCCUAUGAGAUCUAUGGCAUUUUGACCACCUCCAAAGGUUCCUUCACGGCUAUGGAUCAUCUCCCCUCCCACCUCACUGCAGGGGAGCAUGUCCUAAGCCUCGUGCAUAUGUGCCGCACCACUGAAGUCCUAAAACCUGACAAAUUCAUGUUUACCAAACACGAGAUCGCCGACGGUCUCAAUGUGACAAUUUCUCUUGAGCAAGUAGGGCCACGUCUUCAAUCCUGGUUGUGGUUCGGGACAAUCACUAAAUUACUCACCACAGUAGGAGUUUCCGUGACGCCCGAAGAGUUCGUAAUUUACGAUCAGUCGUUAGGUCUGCGACUCAACACAGCUUCAAUCCACCGUUACCUGUGGUACUGGCUGGCUGCAGAGUCUCGCGCCAGCAAGGAAGAGCGAAUUCGACAUUAUCCAAUUGUCAACGACUGCUUGGAUCCUGUCCAUAGAGUCUUGCCAAUGCAAACCAAUAUUGGUGACCGACACUGA